CGGUCUCGUCAAUUCCACGAGAUAGGUGUCCGGAUCCGCCGGGGCAUAGUAAACCUGGAUUUCCAGACGGGAACACUGCAAGCACGCUGGUUUUCGGGCUGCAGUUGCUGGUAGCAGAGCAGACAUGGCAGACACAUCUCGGGCAAGGGCAUUUCUGACCCUGUUGAAAAAUCUGGCAUUGGCAGCGCUGCUCUAUGUUGCCAUUUUUGGCUUCAUCAACUUGGUGACCGACUGCAGUGUCUCCGCAAAGGGCAAGCUCGGCAUCCCCGCCUUCCUCGACAAGGCCGGACCCACCGAACUUCUACGCACCACCAAGGCCGGCGUCCAAGUCAAGUUCGCCAGCUCCUCCAAGACCGUCACCAUCAACCCACACGCAAAUGUCUUCAAUCGUCCCGUCACCGCCGUCAAGAUCAAGGACGACUACAUGGGGCCCCGGCCGCAUGUCGACACGGAAGCAGACCUACAUAGGCUCGUGGAAGAAUGCCGGGGAACGUACACUGGCCUCGAGAAGAUGAGAAACGUGUUCGAUUGCCUUCAAUUCUUAGCGAAUGGGGAGAAACAGUACUAUCGGCUCCCCGAACCUGCUGAGCGAGCGAGCGCACAAGACCCGCGAAGGGCUGAAUACGUCAACGCAGACGGCCAUGGCAACACCCUCCAUAAAUAUGUCUCUGUGGAAGAAGCCGUGCCUGCCAACGGGACCAACAUUGGAACUUGCCCUGGUCCUAUAAUCCCGUAUCACGUCUAUUGGACUGGGCCUGCGACAUGGCGAGUUGAAGCCUUCGUCAAGAGCUAUCUGUACACGCAGAAUCUGGCUUGCUCACGCCUCUGGAUCUGGCUCGAUAGUGACAGGGACCCCAACGCUGUGCAGCACAUGCUCACGAAAGAUGCCCUCUUCGCUCGUUUUCUUCCUCUCGUUGAGCGCGGCGACAUCGUCCUCAAGGCUUGGAAGUUCCCUUCGCGAAUCCCGCUGCCCAAAGAUGCCGAAGAUCGUAACGGAUUCGGAUACUACACGACGCCCGGGAAGCCCAAUGCAAACGGCGAAAUCGCUGUCGCAGAUAACAUUGUCGAAGACCGCAAUGGACAGCAUUGGCUCGUCCUCACUCCCAAACAGAUGACGUUCCUUCCAGUGGCUGUCUCGGAUGCAAUGCGAUUCGUGGUUCUCCACAUCCACGGCGGCGUGUACUUCGACAUGGAUGUGCUGAUGCUUCGAGACAUGCGCCCGCUAUUGCUACCCAAGGAACACGCCUUUGCCGAACGCUGGGCUGCACAUCCUCAUCCUGGCGACUACAACACUGCCAUCAUGGCGCUUACGGCCAACUCCUCUUUGUCUUCGUACAUGGUAUAUGGUGGUAUCCGUAUGGGACUCAAUUUCCAUCCCAGAAUUCUUGGACGCAUGGCCUGGAAAGACGGACGCGACCAGGAGUUCCUGAUGCUGGAGACGGCUGCAUUCGAUCCUAUAUGGACAGAGUUCAACUGGGAUCGUGAAGGUCGCUGCACGGUACCCUGCCUUCGAGACUAUAGUGCCGCCUUCAAGGGCAAGCAGGGGGCAUUGAAGGAUGAAUGGGAGAGCUAUGAUGGACCCCAGCUUGAAACCAUCGAUCUGAAAGAGGCGCGGUGGAGUGAGCUGAAACUUCGUGAUCUCCGCAACGGAAGUGCAGUAGCCUCUGCAGCCGCACCCUCGCCGAGGCGGGGUGGUGAACCGCAAGACAAUCUGCCAGCCUCUGCAGCCGCACCAUCACCGAAACCUGAGCACGCAGAGUCGUUCCAGGCGACUUACGACGAGGAGGUCGAGCUGCGCAAGGCUGGCGUAGUUGCGGAUUACGUGCUGGCCGAGGACAAGUUCCCUCCCAACAACCGGACCUUGGAGAACUUCUUCCGCGGGGCCUGGACUUAUCACAUCCACAACCAAUGGCUCAAACAUCCUGAACCCUCUUCAUGGAUCUCGGUUCUGGAGCAUGCACAUGACGGCUUCUUCGCAGGCACUCGUACCAAUCCGUACGGGGAAAAGUGGACAGGUCCCAACUUGAUGCCGUACAACUACUGGCCCGAGUUCGUAUGAGCGAGAUUCCAGCCUGGAUUUUCUCUUCCUCCUCCUGCUGAACUUCGCAUGCCGAAGGUUACCGCGUCGCAUGGUCAUUCAAGCAUCAGGGUCUUGCUUACCUUCGUUGACCAGACC